AAAAUAUAUUCUGCUACAUGUCUUUGCUAAAAAAAAAAUCUCCCAAUACGUGGUCUGGGGAGACCAGAUAUAGUGAAUGCAGGGUCUGGGGAGACCAGAUAUAGUGAAUGCAGGGUCCGGGGAGACCAGAUAGAUAUAGUGAAUGCAGGGUCUGGGGAGACCAGAUGUAGUGAAUGCAGGGUCCGGGGAGACCAGAUAUAGUGAAUGCAGGGUCUGGGGAGACCAGAUAUAGUGAAUGCAGGGUCCAGGGAGACCAGAUAGAUAUAGUGAAUGCAGGGUCUGGGGAGACCAGAUAUAGUGAAUGCAGGGUCCAGGGACCAGAUAUAGUGAACGCAGGGUCCGGGGAGACCAGAUAUAGUGAAUGCAGGGUCUGGGGAGACCAGAUAUAGUGAAUGCAGGGUCCAGGGAGACCAGAUAUAGUGAAUGCAGGGUCCAGGGAGACCAAAUAGAUUUAGUGAAUGCAGGGU